UUAUAAUUGCAACAGCGUCCACGCGUGAUGACAGAGUUGUUGGAUUUCAGACGAACACGUGCAGAGAACUGAACAAAAAGUCAGAAACACGACAAAUAUGGGUAGACCAGGAUUCUCACCACGAGGUAGCUUCCGGGGAGGUGGAGGAGAUCGAGGAGGGCGUGGCCGAGGGGGCUUUGGCGGAGGACGAGGGGGAUUCGGCGGAGGACGAGGGGGAGGCGGCGGCAGAGGAGGAUUUGGUGGUCGAGGUGGACCAAGAGGGCGAGGUGGCCCCCGGGGUAGGGGAGGAAGAGGUGGUCGCGGUGGGAUGCGAGGUGGUGCUAGGGUCGUCAUAGAACCUCACAGACUGCAAGGUGUAUUUAUUGCCAGAGGCAAGGAGGAUGCAUUGGUCACCAAGAACUUGGUGCCUGGGGAAUCAGUCUAUGGAGAGAAGAGGAUAAGUAUUGAGGAGGGAGAGAAGAAGUUGGAGUACAGAGCCUGGAACCCUUUCAGAUCGAAGCUAGCGGCAGCCAUCUUGGGUGGCGUGGAUCACAUACACAUGAAACCCGGAAGCAAGGUUCUGUACCUGGGUGCUGCAUCAGGGACGACGGUGUCUCAUGUUUCGGAUCUGGUUGGACCGGAGGGGUUAGUUUAUGCAGUAGAGUUCUCACAUCGAUCAGGGCGUGAUCUCAUCAACGUAGCUAAGAAACGAACUAACAUCAUUCCAAUUAUAGAAGACGCCAGACAUCCACACAAAUACCGAAUGUUGGUCGGUAUGGUAGACUGUGUCUUUGCUGAUGUCGCACAGCCAGACCAAGCCAGGAUAGUCGCCAUCAACGCCCAUAACUUCCUCAAGAACGAAGGCCACUUUGUCAUCUCAAUUAAGGCCAACUGCAUUGAUUCCACGGCCCAACCUGAAGCCGUGUUUGCCGGAGAGGUCAAGAAACUUCAAGCGGAGAAACUCAAGCCCCAGGAGCAGUUGACCCUUGAACCUUACGAGAGGGACCACGCCGUCGUCGUAGGAGUAUACAGAGCACCACCAAAGAAGAAGUGAGGAGACUAAAA